UUCCAUUCAGCCUGCUAUGAUGCAGUCUAUAUAUACCCUAGGGCCGUACUGCAGAGAAAUUGGUCUCUAAGCUCAGCGUCCAUCAUGGCUUUUUCAGCUAGCAUCCUCUUCCUUCUCGGCACUAGCAUCUAUGUUCUCUAUCAGUGCUUCUUCUCGCCCCUGGCUCCCAUCCCAGGACCUUUUCUGGCCAAACUUACCAACUGGCAUCGAGUCUGGCGCACCCGCCAGCGACAGUCCCAUCGGGAAUUCAUCGCCCUUCAUCGGAAGUAUGGCCCGGUGGUGCGCAUCGCACCAAAUCAUCUGAGCGUCGCAGACCCGACCGCAUUCCGAGAAAUAUACAAGGCGGGCGGCAAAUUCAUCAAAUCCGACUCCUACAAUGUUCCUAACGGCGCCCACUCAUUUGAUCUCUUCCGUCAGCGAGACGAGAAGGUCCAUGCGGAACAGAGAAAGCUCGUCGCGCGGGCGUACUCGAUGAACUCGAUGGUUCACCUGGAGCCGAACGUGAACCCGGUGAUUCGGAGCAUGAUGCGGAAGCUGGACGGGUUAUCGGGCGUCAUUGAUCUGGGGGCGUUUCUGCAGUUAUUUGCAUUUGACAUCAUCGGCGCCGUCAGUUUCUCGCGCCCCUUUGGAUACGUCGAUGCCGGAGACGAUCAAGGCGUGUUUGCCCGGAUUCGACGAUCGUUUCUGUCCAUGUCCUGGCUGAUGGCGGUGCGCUGGUUCUAUGAUCUCCAUCAGAAGCUGCAGCCGGUUAUUGGGAACUGGUUGGCCAUUAAUGAUCGAAAUGGGUUCUUUUACCAGUUUGCCACGCAAGAAGUCGUCGCACGGAAAGACCGGGGUGGCGAUGAUCGAGAUAUCAUUAAUCAGCUGUUUACGAUUCAACGAGCGAAGCCGCAUUUCAGUGACACGGAUAUUGCAUUUAUGAUGACUGCGAAUGUGUUUGCUGGGGCGGAUACGACAUCCAUCUCGCUUCAUGCGAUCUUUUAUCAGCUGUUGAAGAAUCCGAGUGUCUAUCGCCGACUCAUGGACGAGCUCGAUGCGAAGAAAUCCAGAGGAGAGUUGAGCGAUGUGGUGACCUUUGAGCAGGCAGAAUCGUGUGCCUAUUUGCAGGCUGUGAUGUACGAGGCGAUCCGGCUGUAUUCUGCCACGGGGGAUCUGCUGAAUCGGGAUGUACCGGCGGGGGGAAUGAAGAUUGGGGAGUACUAUGUGCCAGAGGGGACGGUGGUGGGGUCUACCCCGUGGGUGAUUCACCGGAUUCCUGAGAUCUGGGGUGCCGACUGUGAGGAAUUCCAUCCGGAGAGAUGGCUAGGGGAGGCGGGUGACCUCAAACGGUUUUUUUUUGCCUUUGGUGGGGGCUCGCGCACCUGCGUGGGGAGGAAUAUAAGCUGGCUGGAAAUGUCCAAGCUGGUUCCCACUCUCCUCAUGCGCUACAACAUCCAGCUGGCACCGGGUGCGGAACUGACCGAAGAAUGCGGAGGCUUGGUGUUUCUCAAAGGACUGAAUGUUGUCUUAAGUCGGCGGCCUGAGCUGUAGAUAUACGGACAUACAGUCUGAUACCUAUUCUACCAUCUCAGUUAGCUCAGCGCUGCAUUAGACAAAUUCAGAAUAUUCCUCCCUCAAGAGUAAAUAUAGCAUCAUCAACCCAUAUCCUCC